CAGAAUUUGCAGGAAAGCAGUUGACAUUUUACAACACGAUAACAGUAUUUUUAUCUUUUUUAGGGUGAAUUAUCACAGAAUGAUGUUACAAAAUCUAACAAACAUGACAAGCGUCAGAGAGUUCCAUUCAGCUGAAAAUGUUUUGUUACUAUUCCUGUACACAUUCAUCCUAGUUGUAGGUUUUAUUGGGAACAGUCUAGUAGUAUGUUUUUUUGGGUUCAAGACAAAAUACCGAAAAUUAUUCCACCAUUAUCUGCUACACUUAGCCUUUGCAGAUAUGAUAGCAUCAGUCGUCACUUCAACACAUUAUUUAUAUAACACAGCUACAAUGAAUAAAUGGAUUUUGGGUACGGAAUUAUGCAAAACUUUAUCAUCACUGGGUCCCGUAACAGUCAAUGUAUCAGCUUGGAUUAUAACAAGUAUUGCUAUUGAACGACAUAGAGGGAUUAACAAGCCUUUUCAAAAGCGUCUUGGAAAAUAUUCUAUUCAUUUUAUAAUGAUUUGUAUUUGGACAUUGUCGUUCUUGUUGUUGAUACCAUACAUAAAAUCAAUGGUGGUUCAUUAUGGACAAUGCAUGCCAGUUUGGAAAAACGAAGUUUACGAGUUUGUUUAUUCAAUUGUAACAUUGACAAUUCAAAGUAUUAUACCAUUUUGCAUGAUGCUAACCAUAUUUGCCGGGAUCAAAAAAACUGUAAAAAAUGGAAAAACUCUUUCUGUUCAUUACAAAGUACCACUGUUUAAAAAGCAAAACGAAAGUAAACUUGCACGUAACUUAAGCACAAAAAGUUGCAUUGCUAAACAAAAUCGAGACAAAAAACUGCUACAAAUGUUGUCUGCUGCAUUUGUUGUUUUUAUUUUAUGUUCAUUGCCGUAUAACUUGUUUUACACAAUCAGCAUUUAUGUGGUACGUAUUCAACAAAAGAAAGUAGACAUGAAAAUUUUAUUUAAAGCAAAUGUUUGGCUCUCGUCUAUUGUGGUGAUGAACUCGUGUAUGAAUUUCUUUAUUUACGCUGGACUAGACAAAAAUUUCAUGAACUACUGCAAGUCAUUUCUCCUCAGGAAACAAGAAAACCGAGAAAGAAUAGACACAGGAACAUCUCGACUUACUGAUGAGCAUACAAGAUAUUAGAUGACACAUUGUCCUCAAAAAAAAACUUAUUGGAUUAAGGACAUACUGUAGAUAAAUAUAUAUUAAAAACAUUUUUAUCAGACAAAGCCUGCCUUAUUUCCUUUUUUUCAAACUAGCAAAAAAACGUCUGAUGUGAAAUGCCAUUUGCAUGACUGCUUUGGUGUCAUAUUUGACACUUAUAUGGGGAGCAAAACAAUAGCACCAUAACCUGGUCCAAUUAGACACCCCUUGGGGUGCUUAACAUAGUCUCUUUCUCUGCAGAAAAAUAUAUUAGCAACCGUUAUCAGACAAAAGAGUGAAAACGUCAUUG